AUGCAGGCCGACGCGGCGAGCCUGGACCCGAUCACAAAGAAGCUGCUCGCCAGCCCCGGAUUGGAGCUGUCGCCGGCCGAGUCGCGAGCCUGCCUCGUGCGCUGCAUUGCGCACGGCGAGGCUGUCGCGAGUCGGGCCGCCGGCAAGCGGAUCGUGGUUGUGCUGGGCAACACCGGCGCUGGAAAGUCGGCCUUCAUCAACUAUCUCCACGGCUGCAAGUUUCAGUACGAGGAGGAGGACAAGAUGGUCGUGCGCGACGACUCCGAGCUGGAGGAGCUGAUGCGCAUCGGCCACACAAACAGGUCGGAGACCUUCUCUCCCCAGGUGGAGGAUGCGACCGAUAGCCUCGGGAGCGGCUUCGCGUACGCCGACUGCCCGGGCGUCCCUCGACAGCCGCCGGCCUCGAGAUCGGCGAGGAGGACGCUCACCCGAGCCUGCCCGGAGGUAGGCUUUCUCGACAACCGCGGCUUCGAGAUCAACGUCGCCAACGCGGCCAACGUCAGGCACACCGUCUGCGCGGCGUCGAGCGCGGUCGUGGUUGUCGUGGUCAACUAUUACUCGCUGCGCGCCGACCGCGGCAAAGGCCUGCACGACCUGCUCCGGAUCCUGCUCAGUCUGUUUGGCUCGGUCGAGCAGGUCGAGGCGCACGCGCCGUCGGUGCUGCUCGCAAUCAGCCAGGCGCCAGUGACGCACCCGGAGACGGGCGCCGCCAUGUCCAUCGAGCGGUACAUGCGCACCCUCCUCAGCCCCUCCGGCCUCGACACUGCGACCGGCGAGGUGCUGCACGCCCUCUCCGGCCGCGUGUGCGUCUUCCACCUCCUCGGCCGCGGCGACUCCUCGUGGCUGACCCGCGACGCCCUCCUCGAGCGGGUGCGAGGCUUGCCGCCCAUCGGCACACCGUCCUCGCUCUUCCAGUCGGUGCUCGGCAGCGAGGACCGGGAGCGGCUCCGCGCGCUCAUCGCCGCGCUGGGGAAAGACUUGCGCGAAUGCCUCUCGCGCUGCGAGCUGAGAGCGGCGCGGCUGGCGGCCGAGCUGCUCGAGCUGCGCGUGGUGGAGCACGGGUUCGUCUCGUCGCUCGUCGAGGGCGAGGCCGUGGCACCGGUGGACGCCCUCUUCCUCGACGGCGGCUUGGACGGCGGCGACGACGCGGCUGACGGCGAGACGCUCGAGGAGGCGCGUGGGGCGCUGCGCGGCGUGGGCGAGCUGCUGACCGCGUUCGCAGGCAUCGACGUCGCGCUGGUGGCGCAGGCGGAGGCGAGGCUCGCGAGUGCAGAGGAGCGGCGUGCCGAGGCGCGGGAGAUGGCGGCGGCGCUGCAGCAGACGCUCCGCACGGUGGGGGCGCACGCGCUUGGCGAGGAGUGCAACGUGGAGCCACCCAAUCUCGGCGAGGAGUACAACGUGGUUCGCGAGGUGCUCGCGCUCCCUCGCGCGGUAGCGGCGGCGAGGGAGGGGCAGGCGCGGCGGCAGCGCGCGCUCGAGAGGGCGCACGCGGAGCAGCUGGGCGCGCUGGGCGAGAGCGGGGUCGCGGUCCGGCGGAGGGAGGCCGAGGAUAGGCACGCCGCAGAGAGGCGCGAGGAGGUGCUCCGCUCCGCCGCUGCAGACGCGGCGGAGGCAGGCGCGCUGAGGCUGGUCUCGCGUUUGGGCAACAGGCGGAGAGACGUGGACUUGCUGCAGCGCGAGGAGGGGAGGGCGGGCGGUUUUUGGGAAAAGGCGGGCCACGUGGGCCAGGGCGGCCAGGCUUUGCGCGCGUCCGCGCCGCCCGCGUUUGUGGACCUGUCGAGGAAGGGGCUGACGCCGCGCGACCUCGACGUGGUUGCGACGCUUCUCCGCACCCUCCCACCGCUUGCGGACGUCCGGGCGCUGGCGCUGAGCGGCAACGGAUUUGCCGACGCCGGCGCCUCUGCGCUCGCCGACGCGGGGGCACAUGGCGCGUUGGCGGCUCUCGAGCGGCUCUUCCUCGACAACGCCCUUCCUACAGGCGGGCUGGCCGAGCUGGCCGCCGCUCUGGCCGGUGGAGCGAUGCCGCGGAUCCACUUUGUCGACCUGACGCGAAACGGCAUCGGGGACGGCGGCGUGGCGGCGCUGGCGGACGCGAUCCGAGGCGGAGCACUGCCGCAGCUGCAGACCCUCUACCUAUACAACAACCGGGUUGGCAGCGCCGGGCUCGCCGCGCUGGUGGAUGCUCUCUGCGCCUCCGGUUGCAGGCUCGAGAAGCUGUACGUGGACAACAACCAGGUCGGAGAGGCGGGCGUGGCGGCGCUCGUGAGGGCGGUCGAGGGCGGGCACUUGCGGUCGCUCCGGUCGCUCCACCUCUCGGGCAAUCCGGCGCCUGCGGACUUGGUGCAGGCUGCCGUGCAGGCUGUCGAGGGCCAGGCGGCCGGCGACGCCCCGCGCAAGCGCCCGGCGCCGCAGACGCGUGAUAUAGAGGCGCCCCCGGUGGACUAA